AUGCAGCGCACGGAUUCAUUGACCCUUUCCCUGCAAGACUCACCAACCGGUGCUGACUUCACCAAUGCCCACACGAGCAUCAACAGUUCUCCUUCAUUUCACCGUGGCUCAGAUUAUUCCCUGUCGCUCCAGACCCAGGGGAAUGCGAUGAAGGUGUAUGUUCGUGUGCGGCCCUAUAGCGAGCGUGAGAUCGCCCAGCAGGAUAUGUCUCACCACAGCACCGUCCGUAUCGAUUCAAAUGAUCCCUGCAUGAUCACGGUGCUCGAUCCCAGCCGCGACUUUCGCACCGCGGCGACGUACAGCUUUACGCGAUGUUUCUGGUCUGUUUUUGAGCGCGGCGACGUGACGAACGACCGCGAUCUGUGCGAUACUGUCGAUGCGUAUUUGAACUGCAGCCCGGGCAUCCCCCGACGGCUCAACCGAUCGGGCUCCCUUUUAGGGCGCGAAAGCCUUGCCUCCUCACCCAGCUCCCGCAGUGGGGAACUGCAGGAAAGGUCGUUUAACGACCUCAACGCAUUAGUCUAUGGCAGCUCAGGAUCGAACAGCGUCGUGGUGGAUGUCAGCAUCGGCCACCCGCCCUAUGCCAGCCAAACUGAGGUUUAUCACCAUGUGGGCCGCCCGAUCCUCGAGAACGCCCUGGAUGGCUAUAACGGAUGUGUCUUUGUGUACGGCCAGACCGGUAGUGGAAAGACCUUCACCAUGCUCGGCUACGCGUCGCACCCGAACGUCCCCGCGAAGUCGCGGGACCCCACUGGCAAACCCGCUGAUCUGAGCAACCGAAGUGAAAGGGAUCCUACGGGACCUUCUUUUGGUCCCGUUAGCCUUCUCAGCCCCCUGCCCGUCAACUUCAACAAGCCCCCCUUAAAAGCCCCCGAGGGCCGGGCCCUGAGGUCGAAGCCCGGGGUCGACCCGAGGGAGCUGCGGGGCAUUAUCCCCCGGGCCUGUGACGAGCUCUUUGAGAUCCUGCGCCGGACGCGGGAGAAGGACCCUUCCUGCUCCUACCGCGUGGAGGUCUCCUACUUUGAGAUCUACCAGGACAAGUUUUACGACCUCAUCCGCCCUCAGCGGAGCCUCGAGCUGAAGGUCCGGCACAACCCGACCUCCGGGCCUUACGUGGACGGGCUUUGCUACAAACUCGUCCUCCACGAGGAGGAGGCGGCAGGGGUGGUGUGGAAAGGAAUCCACGAACGCCAUACCGCCAUGACGAAAUUCAACGACCACAGCAGCCGCGGCCAUGCGAUCUUGAGCUUUAACAUCGUCCAGCUCUUCCUCGACGGCAGCGGGACCCCGCGCAAGACGCAGGGCAAGCUAAACCUGGUGGAUCUGGCGGGCUCGGAGCGCGCCGGGCAGGCCGGGGUGGAUCGCCCCGAGUAUGAGGAAGGCGUCAAAAUUAACCAGUCCCUGACGGUGCUGGGACGUGUGAUCGAUUGCUUGGCAGAUCUCUCGCAGAACAAGGCCCUCUCGGUGCCGGUACCCUACCGCGACUCCAAACUCACCUUAGUAUUGAUGGACUCGAUUGGUGGUAAUAGCCAAACCUCGAUGGUGGCCACGAUCUCGCCACACAUGAUUAACUACGAGGAGAUGAAGCAAACCCUUCGCUACGCCUCACGAGCAAGGCAGAUUGUCAACCGUGCCGUUCGGAACGAGGACCCGCAGGUCGUCCUGAUCCGCGAGCUCCGCAGUGAGGUGGAGCGAAUGCAACGAAUGUUAGGGGAGGCUGGUGCCUGCGGCUACACGCGUGAAUACGUUCUUGACCUCGAACAGCAGGUGGCAAAGCUCACGAAGAAGAACUCAAGUCAGGCGCUGAUGCUAGCGACGCUGCGUGCGGAGCUUGAGCGUAAGGAUUUUGUGGAUCCGACGUCUGCGGAGAGCGGUGCGGCACUUGUGCCCUCUGGCCCCGCAACCCUAACCAUGGAGCAAACAGGGGAGGUAGUACUACAGGAGUUUAACAACACACAAAAAGAGUUUGCUACCAGGAAGGCGAAUAACAAGCGAGAAGCUAAAGCGAGUGAUGCGAACCUUACCACAUAUAGGAGGCAAAACACGGAACGAGCAAGAAAAACUCUCCGUUUGCAGACAGCUGAGGCAAUGUAUGCUAACACGACUCUCACACUGUUCAAGCACACGAUGGGCAACUUGAAUAUCGUUCUGAACUACACCAAAAAGAAGGAAGCAAUUAUUCUUAACUCCUGCCGGAAUAUGCUGCUUCGAGCGUAUUCAGAGGUGCAUGGAACUAAAAACCAAUUGAAGUCUGCGCAUGAGCAUCAAAUGACCAUUUGUAAGGAAAAUUUUAAAAUGAUGCUGGAUACCCAGGCUCAACAACAUCAAAAGAAGCUACGCGAGACCGUUGAGGAGGGAGCGCAACAGCAACAACAGCUGAUGGAUAAGCACAAGAAGGCCAUCACGCAGAUGGAGGAGCACAUCCAACGCAACCGCGCGAUUUACGAAGACAGCCGCAAGGGUAUGGAAAACGAGAGGGAAGAGGUGCACCGACAGAGCAACGCACAACUUACCAAGGAGCGAGAACAGCAUCAGCAGGAGAUCAAGCACCUCCGGGCGAGCUUUGGCGACGCCAUGAGGAAUUCUCAGCCGCCUACCAGGGAAUUACAGCAAGCGCGCGAGGUAGGGAAGCUGAGGGAGGAGAUCGAGUGCCGCAAGCGCACAAAGGAGGUGGAUGCCGAGCGUGUAAAGCACCAGCUUGAGAAUCAGCAAUUGCGCCACCAGUCGGAGCUUAUACAGAAGGAUCGUCAGCGCCAUAAGCUCGAGCUCGAGAUGACCGAUCUACGUCGGCAAUUUACAUCACUCGAGGUAGAAAAAGCAAAGAAGCAGCUUGAGUAUGAGGAACAUCUGGCUGUCGUGUUGAAGCGGCAGGACGACAUCAUCAACAGCAGCAAUGCGGUCCUUAAGGAUUGGGAAGACAAAUCAGCUAGUAUGGGGGAGGAUUUAUGUCGACUCCAGAAGCUUGUCAAUGAUCAGGAUUACAUGAACCUUCGGCAGCGGAUGCGUGAUUCGGUUUUUCGGCAACGCAUGAAUUACGACAAGGCUCUGCAGGACGUGGAGGAGAAGCAGAGGCGCGAUAAGCAGAAAUUAUUUGAAAUCAUGGGGAAAGCAAAAAAGGUGCAGGAAGAGCACAAUGAAAGUCUCCAACGCUAUCAGGAGGAAAUACAACAGUUGCUUCAAAAAAGCAUCGAUGAAUAA